GCGCAACAUUCGCUGAACAUCGAGCAAAGCGAACAUGAAGCUAUUGAGGUCGUCUUUGUUCCUGGCCGUGGCUAUAAGCCUGGCCACGGCAGAGGAGAAGGCGGAAGACACAAAGGCUGCAGACACCAAACCAGUUGAGGAGAAGAAACAGGACAAGAGAGGCCUCUCCGAUUUCGGUUACGGCGACUUUGGGGGACACAGCAGCAUCGGUGGAGGCGACUUCGGCGGGGAACACAAUGGCGGAGGUGACAUCGGCGGAGGCGACAUCGGCGGUUGGAACAGCCAUGGCCACCACGAAGAGCACGUGAAAACCAUCACUGUUGUCAAGAAAGUGGCAGUGCCCUAUCCCGUUGAGAAGCACAUCCCCGUACCAGUGGAGAAACACGUGCCCGUACCAGUGAAAGUGCACGUACCACACCCGUACCCGGUUGUCAAAACCGUACACUUCCCCGUCAAGGAGUACAUCAAAGUGCCCGAGUACAUCCCCAAGCCGUACCCAGUGGAGAAGGAAGUGCCCGUUCCCGUUAAAGUGCACGUCGACAGGCCCGUCCCAGUGAAAGUGUAUGAGCAUGUACCCUACCCGGUCGAGAAACACGUGCCAGUACCGGUGAAAGUGCACGUACCCCACCCGUACCCUGUCGAGAAGACCGUACACUACCCAGUCAAGGUUCCAGUCAAGGUGCACGUACCUUACCCCGUCGAGAAAGUUGUGCACUACCCCGUCAAAGUGCCGGUCGACAACCCGGUCCCCGUUCAUGUCGAUAAGCCAGUGCCUGUGCCAGUCGAAAAACCCGUACCUUACCCAGUAGAGAAACGUGUACCUUACCCCGUUAAGGUGCACGUUGACAACCCAGUGCCCGUUCACGUAGAGAAACCGGUGCCUUACCCAGUGAAGGUGCCCGUACCAGCGCCCUACCCAGUGGAGAAGAUCAUCCCGUACCCAGUGGAAAAGAAAGUUCCUAUUCCCGUGAAGAUCCCAGUAGAUAGGCCUUACCCAGUGCAUAUCGAGAAGCACGUAGCUUACCCCGUAGAGAAACACGUGCCGUACCCAGUGAAAGUUGCUGUACCACACAUCAUUCAUGAAGAGAAGCACGAAAUCUCCCACGACCAUGGCCAUAGCUACGGUUACGGAGAUGGCGGUGACUUCGGAGGCUCCGAGGGUGGUCACGAGGAGUACCACCACUAACAGAACUGAUCUCUCCACUACUUAGCUUUAACUGUUAUUUUUUGUUUAGUUCUCCUUUAAGUAUGUUUUAUAUUUUUACGACUGGUCUUUAUGCGUGUUACGAUGAUGUAAAUAGUGAACGAAAGUAUUAAAAAGUG